UACACUUUACUUUACACUCUGCUCCUUUGCUUGUUUAUCUAAUGUCUCGCUGUUUUUUUAAAAUUGAUUUUCUAUUCUCUAGGGCAUAAGUUUUGAUUUUUUGUGUGUGUGACAAACGAGUAUCAACAGCUAUCAAAAAUGUCGUACUGGUACUCUGGCUCUGAGAGCGAGGACGAGCAGCUCAAUUUCAAUUUGUUUGCUCGCAAAAAUUUUGGUUUCGUUGGUUUACCUGAAGAACAAGAAGUCAAAUUCCGCAAUCUUGUUAUGCAACUUGGUGCUGUGUGCAGUAAAGGUCCAAAAUAUGUUUUUACUUCCAAAGAUUAUUAUGAAGAUGUGAGAGACGAUCCACAGCAGAUAACUGGUACACUCUAUGAUAUGGCAUACAUUAGAGACUGUGUGGAUGCAAACAGAUGCUUGAGCAUUGAUCAAUAUAGAUUACAUCCAAAACCAGUAGAGAAAAAGGAUUAUCGUGACUUCGAUCCUUGCUGUAACGCUAUGUUCCACAGCGAUAAAGAUAAUUGUGACAUUUGUUAUGCAAAUCUAAUUGAAAAUCCUCCUCCGCAAACAAUAACUAAGCCACUUCUACCUCCACCACCCAAACCAUCGCUUGUUCCUGUUAGUGCACCCAGAAAUAAUGUUUGGCUCUCUAAUAAUGCACCUCAAGUAUGGGAACACUGGGAAAAAAAAUUACUGUUAGAUUAUAUUAUUCAACAUGAAGCAUACUUUCAAGCUAAAAGUCCAAGCUUAUUCAAGAGGAUUUUUGCUGAAGGGUAUCUUAGUCACAGAUCACCUGAAAGCAUGAGAGUCUAUUUUCGUAAAAGAAUAUUGCGAAACAUUGAAUCUUUUGACUUACCAAAACCUAUCGUCAAAAUAUUUAAACAAGUUAGGGAUGCAGGUUGUGUUGCCAGGUUUAGUACAAAUAAGCUGAAAUAAAUCCAACGAGACAAUUGUGUAAUACAAAAUAAAACGGAGAAUUGUAAAUUCGGAGCAAACUGUAAAUCUACAACUAGAAUUUAGAAUAAUGUAAAAAUAUAUUUGUUUGUGUUGAAGAUUGAAUGUGCUGAAAUGAAAUAUGAUGUGAAUGUUCAAUUUAAGGAGUAUUUUUCGCGAAUUAUCGUAGAAUUUUAUGAUUGUGCGACCGAUUAAAUGAUGAAGUGAAUUAAUCAAUUUUAAGCUGCUAAAAGUAAUCGUGAUUCUGAUUUAUAUGUAAUUUACAAAUCAUGUCAUUUUUAUAUAGUUUGCAAGAAUUUUAAAUUUUACUUUAAUAAUGGUGUUUUAAAUUUUUAUAAGUAACAACAUGAAUUGUAACAUCGCUAUACUUUAAACUGUCAUCUUCGUAUCUAUGUGAAUUUUGCAUGUAAGUAAAAAAACAACCUAUUUUCAAAUAUAAUUUUGAAGUGACUCAAAGCUA